UCCCUUGGCCAGCGCAUGCUGGACUCUUGGAUCGGGCUCUGGAGGGUCUCCUUCAGGCCAGUCUGGGCUCCUACUCCUGGCCUCUGCCAAGCUGGGCAAGUCCUCGGUUGGUAUCCUCAUGGGGGACCCUGAGAAAGGCAUCAGGGAUGCUCUCAAGAACCAAGGAGGCCCCGACAAAGGAUUUGGAUUGUGCGAAUGGAUCCUAAUUGUCUUUACCUUCAUCAUGGUCAUUUUAACUUUCCCUUUAUCUCUCUGGUGGUGCAUAGAGAUAGUCAUGGAAUACGAGCGAGCGGUCAUCUUUAGGCUUGGGCACCUCCGAAAAGGAGAGGCAAGAGGGCCAGGUGUGUAUUUCAUCUUGCCCUGCAUUGACAACUUCAUCACGGUGGACAUGAGGACCAUAACCUUCGAUAUUCCACCACAAGAAAUUCUUACCAAAGAUUCGGUGACGGUUAACGUAGAUGGUGUGGUUUAUUACCGGGUAACAAAUGCCAUCCUUUCUGUGGCGAACGUUGCCUAUUCAGACCCGGCCACCCGGCUCCUGGCUCAGACCACUUUGAGGAACGUUCUGGGGACCAAGAACCUCUGUCAGCUCCUCUCGGACCGAGAAGAAAUUGCACGAAGCAUGCAAGCCACGCUACAUGAUGCUACCGAGGAAUGGGGGAUACAUGUGGAGCGUGUGGAGAUCAAGGAUGUGAAGCUCCCCAUUCUGCUCCAGAGGGCCAUGGCUGCCGAAGCUGAAGCUUCUCGUGAAGCAAGAGCCAAGGUAAUUGCAGCGGAGGGUGAAAUGAACGCCUCCAGAGCCCUGAAGGAAGCUGCCAUGGUCAUCACCGAGUCUCCGGCGGCCCUCCAACUCCGCUACCUGCAAACCCUGAACACCAUCGCCGCCGAGAAGAACUCUACCAUCGUCUUCCCGCUGCCCAUCGACAUGCUCCAAGCUGUUAUAGGAAUGAAGCGCUAACCAAGGCUACUGAUACAAAAUGAGGCCCAGAAGCUCCUCCUCGCAAGAUUGCUCAGACAAAGAAAGUGUUAGUUCUUUAUUUGGCAAGUGCUUGAUUUUAAAACAAUGGUGUGUUGUUGCAUUGUGUUCUUCUUUUUUACGUU